AUGAAAUUGUCGCGUAUGAAAUUAUUAACAUGGCGUAUGGACUCCAGAAAUCUACUGAAACUUCUAAGCUCAAGAGAAUGGCGAAGAGUGAGUGGAUCAGUGAAUUUUCGACGAGAUCUAAGCAGUGCGGUGAGCACUUCAAGCGGUUCCAGCCUAGAACAAUGUAUCAUGGACUCUUGCAGUAUAAGUCCCAGCUGUCAAGAACCCCGUGUCAUUAUAGUAGGUGCUGGUAUGGCUGGACUGUCUGCGGCUCACCGUCUCGCACAGUGUGGAAUAAGGAACUUCAUUGUCCUUGAAGCUAAAGAGAGGCCUGGAGGCAGGAUUCAUUCGUGUUGGCUCGGAGAUGCUGUUAUAGAAAUGGGCGCAGAAUGGAUUUUCGGAGCCUGUUUGCCUAAUACGGUUUAUACCUUGGCUUCGCAAGAUAGAUUAUUACAAACGCCGUUACCACGCUUAGAUUCAUCUCGAGGACUAUUCUGCACAAGUGAAGGAAGAGCGGUCGACUUACCAGUUACGAUUACAGCAUAUCAUACAUUUCGGCAAAUAGAACAGCAAGCCGCUAAUUUAUUCAGACUCGGUGGUGAAAGACAACAUGGUACUUUACUUAAUUUUAUCGGAUUGCGAAUACAGCAAGAACUAUACAACUUUCCCGAAGAUCAGCGAUAUGAUGCAGCAAGGGUAAUGUUUGGUAUGACAAAUAUUUUAAGAAAUAAAUGCGGGGACGAUCUUUCGCUCGUUAGUGCCGAUCAAUACGGCAGUUACAUAGAACUUCCUGGUGGAAAUGUUAGAGUUCCCCUGGGAUAUGUAGGUGUUAUGGCACCAUUACUACGGGGCCUCCCUGAUAAUAGUAUACGAUACAAUAAGCCUGUAAAUGUCGUACGCUGGGGAACCGGUCAAUCAGGAUCAGGGCGUGUUCUUGUUAAAUGCUGUGACGGCGAAGAGUUGACAGCUGAUUAUGUGAUACUCACAAUGUCACUUGGGUGUCUUAAAUGUCAAGCUGAUAAAUUAUUUGCUCCACCUCUUCCUGUCUGCAAACUGGAUGCCAUUUGUAACUUGGGUUUUGGACUCAGUGAUAAGGUUUUCUUAGAAUAUGCUGAACCAUUUUGGGUGUGUCAUGAAGGAAGUCUUAAAAUGGCUUGGUCAGCAGAAGAGCUUUGCUGUAGAAGUGACUGGACACGCGGAGUGUGUUCUGUGGAUGAAAUGCCAGGUAGUAAACACGUACUAUGCGCUUGGGUUUCGGGCCAAGAAGCCGCUAUUAUGGAAUCGAUGCCUGACAAUGAUGUUGCAGAGGGAUUGACGCAACUGUUACGUAGAUUUACUGGUAAUCCAUGCUUGCCAUAUCCUCAGAUGAUGUUAAGAUCUCGAUGGGCAUCAGACCCACAUUUUUGUGGAUCGUAUUCCUAUAUGAGCUGCUGCUCAUCAGUCAGCCAUCAGUGUGAGUUAGGGACACCAGUACCAGGUCCUUGUGAUCCAUCUCCACCGAAACUUCUGUUCGCUGGUGAGGCUACAGUGCCUGGAUAUUUCGCAACAGUGCACGGGGCUAGGCUUAGUGGAAUACGGGAAGCUGAGCGUAUCAUACAACUUACCAAAAAGUUUGAAGGGCCUCCACGUUAA